UUUUGCUUCCUUGAGCUCAUGGACUGACGAUGAAUUGUCUAGCGAACGAGAGCUUAAACUCCUUGAAGAUCUCUCCUUUCUCUACCUCCAGACUACUAUCUUCCGUUACCAAUUUCCGAAACCAGUUAUCAUUUUCCAGCAAAGAUUCCAGUUCUUCUUCAGCUCCUUUUAACCCUUUUCGAUUCUUCAAUGAUCAAUCAAAUUCAAGGCUUUGUAAUCUCAGAACAACAAAAAUUCUACAAGCCCAUUUGCUUAGACGAUAUCUUCUGCCAUUUGAUGUUUUCCUUACUAAAUCAUUGCUUAGCUGGUACUCAAACUCGGGUUCCAUGGCUGAUGCAGCUAAGUUGUUCGAUACAAUUCCUCAACCAGAUGUUGUUUCUUGUAACAUUAUGAUCUCUGGUUAUAAACAACAUCGGUUGUUUGAAGAAUCGUUGAGAUUUUUUUCUAAGAUGCAUUUCUUGGGUUUUGAGGCUAAUGAGAUAAGUUAUGGGUCUGUGAUUUCGGCUUGUAGUGCUUUACAAGCUCCUCUGUUUAGUGAGCUGGUGUGUUGUCAUACUAUAAAGAUGGGUUAUUUCUUCUAUGAAGUUGUUGAAUCGGCUUUGAUAGACGUAUUCUCUAAGAAUCUAAGAUUUGAGGAUGCUUAUAAAGUGUUCCGUGACUCUUUAUCUGCUAAUGUGUAUUGUUGGAACACUAUCAUAGCAGGGGCACUUAGAAACCAAAAUUAUGGUGCUGUUUUUGAUCUUUUCCAUGAAAUGUGUGUUGGGUUUCAGAAACCUGAUAGUUAUACAUAUUCCAGUGUUUUGGCUGCUUGUGCUUCCCUUGAGAAGCUUAGGUUUGGAAAAGUGGUUCAAGCUCGGGUGAUCAAAUGCGGAGCAGAAGAUGUAUUUGUUUGUACUGCAAUUGUUGACUUAUACGCCAAAUGUGGGCAUAUGGCUGAAGCUAUGGAAGUAUUCUCCCGUAUCCCUAACCCUAGUGUUGUAUCUUGGACAGUAAUGCUGUCUGGUUACACAAAGAGUAAUGAUGCUUUCUCUGCUCUUGAAAUUUUCAAGGAAAUGAGACACUCAGGUGUUGAGAUCAACAACUGUACCGUAACUAGUGUAAUCUCUGCUUGUGGUAGACCUUCUAUGGUCUGUGAAGCAAGCCAGGUCCAUGCUUGGGUCUUUAAGAGUGGUUUCUAUCUUGAUUCCUCAGUGGCUGCCGCUUUGAUUAGUAUGUACUCAAAGAGUGGAGAUAUUGAUCUUUCUGAACAGGUUUUUGAGGAUCUGGACGAUAUUCAGAGACAAAAUAUAGUUAAUGUGAUGAUCACUUCGUUUUCGCAAAGUAAGAAGCCUGGUAAAGCAAUAAGACUGUUUACUAGAAUGCUUCAGGAGGGUUUGAGAACCGAUGAGUUUAGUGUAUGCAGUUUGUUAAGUGUAUUGGAUUGUUUGAAUUUAGGUAAGCAGGUUCACGGUUACACCCUUAAAAGUGGGUUGGUUCUUGAUCUCACUGUUGGAAGUUCUCUUUUUACAUUGUACUCUAAAUGUGGUAGUUUGGAAGAAUCAUAUAAAUUAUUCCAGGGGAUACCUUUUAAAGACAAUGCUUGCUGGGCUUCCAUGAUUUCUGGUUUCAAUGAGUACGGUUAUCUAAGAGAAGCUAUUGGACUAUUCAGCGAGAUGCUGGAUGAUGGGACUAGCCCUGAUGAGAGUACUCUAGCUGCUGUUCUAACUGUGUGUUCUUCUCAUCCUUCUCUGCCAAGAGGUAAAGAAAUACAUGGGUAUACGCUAAGAGCGGGAAUUGACAAGGGAAUGGAUCUUGGUUCUGCACUAGUAAACAUGUAUUCAAAGUGUGGCUCACUAAAGUUGGCUAGACAGGUCUACGAUAGGCUCCCUGAACUGGAUCCAGUGUCAUGUUCAUCUUUAAUUUCGGGAUAUUCACAACACGGGUUAAUCCAGGAUGGCUUCCUUCUAUUUCGUGAUAUGGUCAUGUCUGGUUUUACUAUGGACUCCUUUGCAAUUUCAUCCAUUCUUAAAGCCGCUGCUCUCUCUGACGAAUCAUCGCUGGGAGCUCAAGUUCACGCCUACAUCACAAAAAUUGGAUUGUGCACAGAGCCUUCUGUAGGAAGCUCACUACUGACAAUGUAUUCGAAAUUUGGAAGCAUUGACGACUGCUGUAAAGCAUUCAGCCAGAUCAAUGGCCCAGAUUUAAUAGCGUGGACAGCGCUGAUUGCAAGUUAUGCUCAACAUGGAAAGGCCAAUGAAGCGUUACAAGUGUACAAUCUUAUGAAGGAAAAAGGAUUCAAGCCUGAUAAAGUGACUUUUGUGGGAGUCUUGUCUGCUUGUAGUCAUGGUGGUUUGGUCGAAGAAAGCUAUUUCCAUCUCAACUCGAUGGUAAAAGACUAUGGUAUCGAACCAGAGAACCGACAUUAUGUCUGCAUGGUCGAUGCUUUAGGGAGGUCAGGAAGACUUAGAGAAGCUGAGAGUUUUAUCAACAAUAUGCAUAUUAAACCAGACGCCUUGGUCUGGGGAACAUUGCUUGCUGCUUGCAAAAUUCACGGGGAAGUUGAACUCGGGAAGGUAGCUGCAAAAAAGGCUAUAGAAUUAGAGCCAUCAGACGCUGGAGCAUAUAUUUCACUCUCGAACAUCCUUGCAGAGGUUGGUGAGUGGGACGAAGUGGAGGAAACUCGUAAGCUGAUGAAAGGAACAGGUGUACAGAAAGAACCAGGGUGGAGUUCUGUCUGAUGUUAUAUAUUUGUGAAAAGCCGUGAGGUGCAGAGGUCUUGCUUCGAGUUAAUGAUGAAGGAACAGUUGCAACUUGAAACUGAUUAGAGAUUAAAGUUGGAAUUGCUUUCACUGUAGGAGACAGCUCUAAGAACAAAAAAUUAUCCCUCUUGAAUGGUCUUUUUUCAAUAGUAGAUAUUUCGUAAGAUCAUUCCAGAGAAAAUUCGUCGUAAAAUAGUUACUAAUUUCCAUUUUCUUGGGCGGCAGUAAAGUCAAAGAUAAUUCAGUUUUUAUCUCUUGGCUCUGUUCCAUCAAUCUUGAUCAUGAAAUAAAC